CAGUUCUUUCUACUAUCUCACCUCUCCAGACUUCCGAGGAACACCAAAACCUUCUUUUGUUUUCUUCUUCUAAUCAAUGGCAUCUUCCAUAGCUACAACUCUCACUUCCUCUUCAAAGCUUUGCAGGAACACUUCUCUCUUCGGGUCUUCCUUCCAUGGGGUUCCAAUUAAACCACUUUCUUUUCAUUUCAAAACAAAGUCUUCCCCGUGCAACGCAUCCAUUUCCAUGUCUGCAGCAUCACCUCCACCCUAUGAUCUGAAUAAUUUCAGGUUUGACCCCAUCAAGGAGUCCAUCGUCUCACGUGAGAUGACACGCAGGUACAUGAUGGACAUGAUCACCUAUGCUGAUACCGAUGUGGUGGUCGUCGGUGCCGGCUCCGCCGGGCUCUCUUGUGCCUAUGAGCUUAGCAAGAACCCCUCCGUACAGAUAGCUAUUGUCGAGCAGUCUGUUAGCCCCGGAGGUGGUGCCUGGCUCGGUGGGCAGCUUUUCUCUGCCAUGGUAGUGCGGAAACCAGCUCAUCGCUUCCUCGACGAACUCGCCAUUGAAUAUGAUGAACAAGACGACUAUGUUGUGAUCAAGCAUGCAGCCCUUUUCACAUCCACUAUCAUGAGCAAGCUUCUAGCCCGCCCCAACGUGAAGCUGUUCAACGCUGUGGCGGCGGAGGACUUAAUAGUGAAGGAAGGGAGAGUUGGUGGUGUUGUGACAAACUGGGCCCUGGUGUCAAUGAACCAUGACACUCAGUCCUGCAUGGACCCUAAUGUGAUGGAGGCCAAGGUGGUGGUGAGCUCUUGUGGUCAUGAUGGGCCAUUUGGAGCCACCGGGGUGAAGAGGUUGAAAAGCAUUGGGAUGAUUGAUAGUGUGCCAGGGAUGAAGGCACUGGAUAUGAAUACAGCUGAGGAUGCUAUAGUGAGGCUGACUAGGGAAAUUGUGCCUGGGAUGAUUGUCACCGGGAUGGAAGUUGCUGAGAUUGAUGGAUCCCCAAGAAUGGGGCCAACAUUUGGAGCAAUGAUGAUAUCAGGGCAAAAGGCAGCCCAUCUUGCCCUGAAAUCAUUAGGAUUGCCUAAUGCAAUUGAUGGAACAUAUGUGGGAAGCAUUCAGCCGGAGCUGAUCUUGGCCGCUGCAGAUUCCGCCGAGACCGCUGACGCUUAGUUGCAAGGGUCAUAGUUGCUAAACUGCUAUGGAGAUAGGAGGAAUUGGAAUAAUGUGCAGUCAUUGGUAGGAUUUGGAAUAAUCUCCUGUAACUUAGUAGCAAAACCUUAGCAUUUUGUAGCUUGUUGUUCUUCUCCUUGCAUGCCUUUUAAUUGAGUUCUGUUCUCUUUC